AAUUUCUAAGGUGCGCGGAAUUUUUCGCCGUGUUUUUUCGCGGCCAACGAUCGCGGCUCUUUUCGGAAAAGCUCCGGUUUCUUCCUUCGUACUUGCGUGAUACCGAAAUUGGCUGAGGCUAAAUAUCUUGAGAACCACAACCGAGCGGAGUAAAAUAACCUCGUUGCAGAGUACAAAUUAUACACACGCGUGGUAUAAUCCAAUCGUCGAUAGAGAGAGAAAGAGGGAGAGAGAGAGAGAGAGAGAGGGGGGGAAAAGAAAAGUAAUAAAGAAAAUUAGAAGAUGAAUAAAAAAGCAGAUCGCUAAUCAUGCGAUUGUUCGCAAACAAACCGGGAUGACUUUGAGGUACCGGAUGCAGCUGGGAAGCUGUUGGUACCUGCCGUCUAUUCGAGGCGGAUGAUUGAAAAGGACGAGGAAUUCACAAGGAUUUCGUGUGAAUAAAUAGAGAAAUUAAAUUCAGGUCUGAAAAUAAUGCGGUGAAGAAAAUUCACAGCGCAGAUGCUCAGCAAAAAGUAUUCGCCUCGUCAAGACUGGUCCUACCAAUCCCCCAUAGAUGUUUUAUGGAUGCCGCGAUCCGCCAUGAGGCCGGCAGAGGCGGACGCGGCGGACUGCAUCCUGGUCGUCGGCAUAUCGCGUCCGAAGAUGGCGGCGGCGUUCCUCUCCGUGGCCCUGAUAUCCCUAUUCCUGACGUUCCACGUCCUCUACGACAGCGCCGUCUACAGUCUGCACGCCGCUUCGGGUGUCGAGGGCAGGACGGUGCAGGAGAUGGUCUCGAAGGUCCGAGUCACGCCGCCGCUACUAUUCUCGAACAAGGUACACUUCCCAAGGACGAGCCGGCAUCUACCACAGGCGAUAAUAAUCGGCGUUAGAAAAUGCGGCACCCGCGCCCUCCUCGAGAUGCUGUUCCUACAUCCCCAGAUACAGAAGGCGGCCGGUGAGGUUCACUUCUUCGACCGCGACGACAAUUACGGAAAGGGCCUCGAGUGGUACAGGAGGAAGAUGCCGUACUCGUUCAAGGGGCAAAUCACCAUCGAGAAAAGUCCCAGCUACUUUGUCACACCCGAGGUACCGGAGAGAAUCAGGGCUAUGAACGCUAGCGUGAAACUAUUGCUGAUAGUCCGCGAGCCGGUGACGAGAACGAUAUCGGAUUACACCCAGCUUCGAAGCCACGGUUCAACGGCGUCCUCGGCAACGUCUUCGGCGACGUCCUCGUCGAAGACGCCGCCUCAGCAACCCUCGUUCGGUCGUAGUUUCGAGGACCUCGUCCUGCUGCCCGACGGUUCGAUAAACGAGUCGUACAGACCAGUGGCGAUAUCGCUUUACCACACGCACAUGCACCGAUGGUUGGAGGUCUUUUCGCGGAGUCAGAUCCUCGUGGUUAACGGAGACCAACUGAUCGAGGACCCGGUUCCCCAGCUGAGAAGGAUCGAGGAAUUCCUCGGGAUAGAGCCGCGCAUCGGCAGGCAGAACUUCUACUUCAAUCACACGAAGGGCUUUUACUGUCUGAGAAACGAGACGGCCGACAAAUGUCUACGCGAGAGCAAAGGUCGAAGACAUCCGAGAGUCAGUCCUGUUGUCGUCACGAAGCUAAGACGGUUCUUCAACGAGCACAAUCAGCGAUUCUACGAACUCGUUGGCGAGGAUCUAGGAUGGCCCGAGGAGUAGAGACGAUCGUAGAUCGGACGACGGAUGUUGGUCGUGAUCACGGUCUUACAUACAGGUCCGGAAACUAUUAGGGUGGGGAAUGACUCGGAUAAUGAGGCAGAACCGUGGUUCUCGUCUUCGCCGUCCGCAGCGCUGCCCCCUCGGGGUGAGCCAAUCAUAAAUCAGAUCCGAACAGCUGAUUUUUC